UUCUUAAAAAAGUCACCAAAAGUGGAAGCACAUAUUGUCAAGAAAUAUGGGCUUCCAUGCCUAUGAUAUUGCAGAAAAAAGUUGCAGAAGUGGAUAAGCUUUAUAUAUUUCAGCAUGGGCCUUUUUGCCACUUAUCUUAUCACCAUCUCAUUCAAGAGGAGAAGAAUAAUUUGAGCCAAACCAAAGAUUACUUACAAUCAUGGCUGCUUUUACCAUUACUUCAUUUACACACACACCUUGCACCUCCCAUCACUUCAACAAGAAACAAUGGCCUCAUCACGCCAAGUCCAUGAAGAUUACAAACGUUAUGACUCCAAAAGUUGAAGGGCAAACACAUUUAAAUGUUGUUGAAAUCAAAGACAGAUCUAAUUUGCUGAUUGAUGAUAAUGCAAAGCCCACAAGGAAUAAUGAUGAAGUACAAGGUGGUACAGGUUCAUCAGAGUCUCAAGAUCUAAGGUUUUCGGACGAGCGAUGGAAAAAUGGGACAUGGGAUCUCAAUAUGUUUGUGAAAAAUGGCAAAAUGGACUGGGAUAGUGUCAUAGUAGCCGAAGCAAAGAGGAGGAAAUUUCUUGAACUGUUUCCAGAAGCAGCAACAAAUCAAGAACCUGUGGUCUUUAGAAGUUCUGUCAUACCAUGGUGGGCUUGGAUGAUGCACUCUCACCUCCCUGAAGCUGAGCUACUAAAUGGAAGAGCUGCAAUGGUGGGAUUUUUCAUGGCCUAUCUAGUGGAUGUUCUAACGGGUCUUGACGUGGUAGGCCAAAUGGGGAAUUUUUUGUGUAAAACUGCUCUCUUGGCAACAGUUGCUGGUGUAAUUUUGUUUAGGAAAAGGACAGAUUUUGACAACUUGAAGAAGCUAGCCGAUGAAGCUACAUUUUAUGACAAGCAAUGGCAAGCAUCGUGGCAAGAUCAACCUUCAACUAAUGGUGAUUCGAAGCAACGAAGCAAGUGAAUAUUGUGAUGGACUCUGGGAAAAUUCUAAAUGAGAUUAGGUAGUUUUCGGAGGAUAAUUGACUCAUUGUAUCGUAUUUGACAAACCAAGAUGGCCUAGUUAUAUACAAGAAAUAUGCUAUAUUCAGACUA